CAGGCGGGGAUUACCGAGCCUGCCGCCGGCUCUGAGCAGAUCAGUGUCAGCCCGCGGCAGCCAGCGCCGGCCUCCUCCCUCCUUCCCUCUCUCCCGCCUGCCUUCUGCCUUCGCUUUCCCUCCGUGCCGCGGAGCUGCGCGCCCGUCCGCCGCCCCUGUCCCGGCGCAGAGGGCGGUGCCGGCCGCCCUCAGCCGCGUGUGGGACGCGGAGGCGGGUUCUGGCUGCGUGCUGGCGCCGCGGUCGGCAGCCUCCGGUCACAAACCGGGCACGGGCGCACGCUGAUGGAGUUAGAGCUUCUCAGCCUGGAGAGAGCCUGGACGUGCUCGUGGUCUUGGAGCAUUUGAUUCUAAGCAUGUAUGAAAUGCAAUUACAAUUUUCUUCAGAUGUGAAGAGCAGGACUAUUUGGUUCAUUAAUUUGAGAAAUGCAGGAACUGUGAGUGACACAAGCUCUUUAGAUGAGACCACUUAUGAGAAACUGGCUGAAGAAACACUGGAUUCCUUAGCAGAUUUCUUUGAGGACCUGACAGAUAAACCUUUUACCCCAGAAGAUUAUGAUGUUUCUUUAGGGAGCGGAGUACUAACAAUUAAAUUGGGUGGAGACAUGGGAACCUAUGUGAUCAAUAAGCAAACACCAAACCGGCAGAUUUGGCUGUCCUCACCCACUAGUGGGCCCAAGCGCUAUGACUGGACUGGACGGAAUUGGGUAUAUUCUCAUGACAGAGUAUCUCUUCAUGAACUACUAUCAAAAGAGUUUUCAAAAGCUUUAAAAACUAAAUUGGAUUUGUCCUGCUUAAUAUAUUCUGGGAAAGAAGAUACUUGAUUGUAUUCUACCUCAUGGAAGUUUAAGGACUUUAACCUCAAGCCAAGCUCUUUUCUUGGGCUGAAGUACCUGAGCUUAAUUUUGUUGUUUUUCUUGGCAUCAAUAUGUUGUGCAACAAAAAUGAAAAUAAUAUAUUUUUUUCUCUAGUGCUCAGUCUUUGGAGUUCUGUGUGCUGUUUGAAUCUGUGCCCAUGUAGUACCUGUGGUUGAGGUCGCCCAUCCUGUCACUUCAGUUUUUGCUUUCUUUCUGCAGAAGUCAUGAAUUUUUAGUGUCUGUAGACUUGUUUGCAUGACUGACCACCUAGUGACUUCUGACCAGCACACAAGCACUGAACUUUUGGUGAAACAUUCACCCAAAACAAGAUAUGCCUGUGAGUUACAUUGGCAUAAAUUGUGGUACUGUGAAUGUAUUGCCUCAAAAUUUGUGGUUAUUGUAACACAUCAUAGUCACAUUUAACAUGUCAUAAUGCAUGUAAUGAAAAAGUUCUUUGUUCUUCAAAGAGUAAAAGUACUUACUUUUCUUUUUUUCUGAGCAAAAUUAAUUUCACGGUAGUGAAAAUUUGCACUAAUUUUAUUCUGCUGCAUUUCUUAAGUGGUUUUAGAUCAUCAUAUAUCACCAUGAUAGAGCUAAGUUCCCCUGGCACCAUGCUGAUGCAGAAAUUUCUUAGAAUCAAGUAUUUUUCUUAGGCUGAUUAAGCUGUCUUCAUCAGACUAUUAAAUAUAUGAAGGAAAUAAACUAUGUACUCUGGAUCUUAAAACAAAAAUGUUUUAAAGAAAUCAUGAACAGCAAUACUUCAGCAGUUGCACUGUUGUGAUAUUACAACUUAGAGGUUUUAACUGACUAUAAAGCAGAAAGACCAAGUUGUUGACUAAUGCAUGACGGAAAAGUUGCAGAUCCUAUGAAAAAUGUCCAGUGCACAGUACUUUUCUUCUUGAUUUCUCUGAUGCUGUGGUUAGUUUGGCAUGAUUCGCUAGCUAGUUUGACAGGUAAGGACUGAUUUUGUCAUUGAAAAACAGUAGCUGUAAAGUGUUCUUGUCCAGUAUUUGCAUUUAGAAUAUAAGCAUUGUUACCUGCUAUUUCCCACUACUAAACAGAAACGUUUCAGUGGAAGUAGCUCUUGGUUAAUGGUGCAUGCUGUUUGCAUACAAUCAAUAUAAAUUUCAGCUCUACUGGAUGAGGUAAAUACAAUGACUCACAGAUUUCACUAAUGUAAAAGUAAAGCAUGCUUUUUAAAAAAGUACAGGGAGGUAAAAAUAGAAUAUGUUUUUGCUGUUCUGAAUUUAGAACACUGAAGAUAAUUUAUAGGAUAUGGAAAUACGUAUUUUUGUGUAUUUAUAGAAUAUGGAAAUAUGUAUUUCUGUAUAGUUACUUUUAUAAUAUUUAGCUUAAUCUCCUGCAAUUUGAAAUAGUCAUUUAAACACGUUUGUGUAGAAGUUAGUGACUUGAUAUUUGAAUCAAGGAUACCUAGUUGUUCCUGUGCCUGACCAUGAGUAAUUAUUUUUUCCAACUAACUUUUCCAAAAAUUAUUUUCUUAAGUAUUUGCAUGCAAUUUGACCACUAACAUGCGUCUGAUUCAUAUUUGGAAGUUCAUUCUCCAUUCUCUGAUGUCUGGUAGAAAAGUUUAUACCAAAAUAAAAUUGCAUCUAGAAUUCUUAAUUCAUUUUGUAAGGUGCGAUUCGAGGGUUUCAUGAUAAGGGUGAGGGCCACAGACAUGUGCAUUCUUUUGAAUUCUUUCUGUUUCUUAAAGCAUAUACUGGAAAGAUCCUGUCCAAGUGUGGCCAGUGAAGAUGGAUUUUAUAAGAGCAGUUCAGCUUUCACAGUUUACAUCUUGCCCUUCAUCUGUAAUGCUACUGCUAUUUAUGCAAACGAUUUCCUUGGUUUAGGUAUCUGAGUAACAAAUUGAUUUAAUCUUAACUGGUGAAAAUAAAUAGUGUCAGCAAGUUAGAAUGAGUUUUAUCUCAAUGUACAAAAUGAAUCAUUGGACGUGACUCAUUUUUUGCUUUAAUAUUUGCAUUAAAUUGUAAGUAGGGGCAAGGACUCCCAUGAGCUGUCACACUCGUGCAAUGGAGGCACAGAAUGAGCUCUGAUCCUAAUGUCAGGCUGUUUAUUGCCCCAAGACAAGUAACACUUUCUGUACUGUUUUUUACUUCCGUAACUUAUGGAAUAAAAAGAUUGUUGUAUAGUUCCCCACCUGACAUCAUGUCAGUAGUUUCUUACUUCACCUUUCCCAAAAGAAAUAGCUGCAGGACUGUCAUUAAAUAUUGACUAUGCACAGGCAAUAUCAAUAAGAACCACUGUGUUAUGGGCAUUACUUUUUCCCACAAUGUAGUUGCUCCAUUGUCGGUGAAGGAGGACAUGCAGAAUAUUUUGGAAGGAUGAGUAUUGCCAUACAUAGCUUUACUGGCUGCCCAAGGUCAGCACAUAAACAGGUGUGUGUUGGGCUUUUUUUUAGGUAUACCAGAAUUUUCACCAACUGCUAAUCUGACCCUUUUCUUUUAAUGGUUUUUGGCUUACACUCUGAAAGACCUAGUAUGUCCAGCUUUUCUAAAAUUCAUAGUUAGCUAUGUGCCAAGGAUUCUUUGGAACUCUCAGUUCCUUCAUGUAGUCAAGCCUACAGCAAUUGUACGCAGUCUGCAUUGAUCGCAAAAUACCACCUUUGUUUGCCAGGAGUUAUGUGUCUAAGUUCUUGUUUGGUGUUUGUUCGUUUUCUUUUCCCCUUGUGAGUAAUUUGAAAGAAAACAUUACCUCUUCUUUGCAAGAUUGUUCCAUGUGAUAAAAUCAUUACAUCUUAUUUUCUUAAAAUUCCCAGUGUCUUUUGGCAGCUUCAAUAAAUGGGAUAAAGGCCUAUCCUGAAGGAGAGGAAGCAGAGUAAGAGAAAGGGGGUUUACAAGAAGGUUUGUAUUUCAUUAUUUCUAACUUCUGGUUAGUGGUUGAGCGCCAUGAUUGUGCUAACCAGCUCUGUAAUAUGUGGGAGUCCUGGGAAGGAAGGUGGAGGCUUGCCAAAAACCUGGAAGAACAUUCAAAACAGUGAAGGAAGCAUGGGAGGGGCAGAAGCAAAGGCUAUCAGGAAGAAAUUAGCUUUCCCAACAGCUGAUGUCAUUGGCAAGGCAGGGAGAGACGUGGGGCAAAGUACUUCAUGUGGCCCUUUAGGGAAUGGUGUUUUAAAUUUACCCCACACCAGUAUUUAUAAUUGUAACGAGAGAUAUAGGGCAAAGUUCUGCAUGUGACCCUUUAGGGAAUGGUGUUUUAAAUUUACCCCACACCAGUAUUUGUAAUUGUAAGCAAUCAAACAUGUUCCAGUCUAUUUUGCUAUUAAGAUUUUUUAAAAUUCCUGUAUAAAGAUAAGAAAAAAAUGUGUUGUGUUACAUUUCUCUCUCUCCCAAAUUGUCUUUUAUGCAAAUUGUACUGCUGGCAGUUGUAGAACAAAGACAGUAUUCAUGCCUUUUACUGAGGGAGGUGGCCAGUGGAGAUUGCUUUCCUGGGGAUAGGAUAAACAGAGCCAUGAACAAUUAAAGUAUUCUAAACAGUUCCUAAUUACAAACUUUUUUUUUUUUUUUUUUAUUCAGGUUAAUGAAAGACAGAUAAGUUUAGAUAAGAAAACAAUAGAUGUUUAAAAUAAAGCAUAUAAUGUUACUGCCCUCUCCAGUUUGCUGAAUUGAUUUAAAAAUUGUUUGUAUCAUGGUAAUUACGAGAAGUGAUCAGUAACACAAUGAAUAAUUUUGCAGAUAUUGUUACUUUCCAGAUGUAGGCUCUUCUGCUGGCCAUCAAUGUUCUUUACUGUUGUACUAAAAAAAAUCAGUUAUAUAUUUAAUG